AUGGCUCUUACGGCCAAGAAAAAAUUGGCUUUUGUUGAUGGAAGUCUUCCUCAACCUUCGAUCGAUGCUGGUGUCAAACAUCACGCUUGGGUGCGCUGCAACAAUAUGAUUCUGUCUUGGAUCCUCAAUUCAGUCUCGAAGGAAAUUGCGGCCAGUAUCAUCGAUAUCGACUCUUGUUACGGUAUGUGGCUUGAUCUCAAGGAACAUUUUUCUCAGAAAAAUGGUCCUAGGGUUUUUCAAUUACAGAAAUCAAUUUCUGUUCUUUUGCAAGGAAACUCUUCUGUGAGUUUUUACUUCACAUUGCUUAAGUCUCUGUGGGAUGAGCUUAGCAAUUAUAGGCCUAUUCCUCCCUAUUCUUGUGGUGGAAUGCAAGUGGUCGCUGCUCACUAUCAUCAGGAAUAUGUUUAUCAAUUCCUGAUAGGGCUCAACGAAUCCUUUGCUGCCAUCCGUGGUCAGAUUUUACUUUUGGAGCCUUUACCAUCAGUUAACAAAGUCUUCUCUUUAGUUAUUCAAGAAGAGAAACAACAAGAGAUUUCGGUCAAGUCUCACAUCCUCAAUCAGGAGUCCACUGCUCUUAUGACGAAAUCUACUGGACCACCAGCUCGUUUCACCAAACAGCCUUAUCGCAAGGAUAAGCCCAUUUGUGCUCAUUGUGGCGUGCCAGGUCACAUUGCCGACAAAUGUUAUCACCUACACAGGUUUCCACUGGGGUUCAAGUUCACGAAGAAUCUUCGGAAUUCUGCUCCUAUUCAUUCUGCAAAUCAUGUGCAAGAGGUUGAUUUGAAUUCUGUUCCUCAGCAGAAUCCACCUCAACAAGCUGUACCUCAGCUCACCAUCACGCCUGAUCAGUGCCAAUAG